AUGGACGAGCGUCCGAUGCUGCGCGGCAUUUUCGCCUUCGAGGACGAAGAGACCCCAGAAUGGCGGCGUGGGGUCAUGUCCGAGACAUCGGGCGGCGUUCCCAAAUUUGCUACCAAGGCAGAGUGCGAGGACUUCAUCCGCAAGCACUGCUGGCGAGGCUCGAACCCGGACUUCCCCAAGCUGCAGCACGUCUUCUCCAUGCUUGUGGACUGGCAUCAGAUUGAAGAGAUCCUCAUGCCCAAAAUCGAGGAGUACGACCUUAAGUACCCACUUGAGCCGACGCCCCCGGUCAGCGCCGACAAUCGCUUCGCGCAGGGCGAGGGACUUCCCAUCGCCCAAGACGUCGACUACCGUGUUAACAUGCCCUUCCAUCAACAGACCAACCGCGAAUCGACAUACAAUACCCUGUAUUACUUGUUCUUCAACAUGCGCUGUGGUAUCUUCGUGAUGAUCCGUCGACGCCGCGUCGUCAUCUUCGCUCCUUUCGCUAACAAAAACUACGAGAACAACUGGGGAGAGAACGUGACGUUCGACAGCUCGGACGGCAGCAUGUUCGCAUAUUACCGCGAGAAACAGCGAUACUAUCGACGCGAAAACAUCAUACCAGACGUGAACAAGUGGUGGGCCAAUGGCAACAUCAUUUGCAACGAACACUGCAGAUACCGCAACAAGGAGGACGAGACGCAGUACUGGGGAGAUCAAUUCCUGACGCAACUGCGAGACAUGCUAGAAGACGCGUGCAAGCAUCGCAACAUUGCUGACUGCGAGUUCUUCAUUAACAAACGCGACUACCCGCACUUAAAGGAAAACCUGAGCGAGCCGUACGGAUUUCUGUUUGACAAAGAUGACCGUAACCCGGACGACGAUAUUCCCCUCACAAAGCACCUUUACGCGACGUAUGCGCCUAUUAUGAGCUUCUACGUCUCCAAGCGCUUCGCGGAUAUCCCUUUUCCAUGCUCGGAAGACUGGGAAGCAGCUACAGGUCUUGUGUUCCCGCAGUCGUUCAGACAUACUCAUUGCGAUCGAUGUCCGUGUCGUAAUUCAGUACAUUGUGAGAACGACUGGGAGUGUUUCUGCGACGUUGGCGCCAAUGGCCGGAAGAGACACGGCAUCGAAGGCGCACGUGACCUUUUUACUGCUAGCAACUUCAGGAAGUUCUACAAACCUUGGGAAGACAAGGUGAAUACUGCUUUCUUUCGUGGUAGUGCAACGGGAGGUGGCACAACGAUUGACACCAAUCAACGUCUUCACUUGGCUCACCUCUCGAACACAUGGAAGAAAGAUACGAUGAUGAAUGGUGAGGCUGAGAGGGAUGGGGAUCAAGAGCUGGUACCGCUUCUUAACGCUGAAGUUACCACGUGGAACCUCCGCGAUAAGAAAAUCGCCGGUAAGCCUAUGACGUUCUUACGUCACGAGAAGUUCAUCUUUGAAGGUGGACGCCAGCAUUUCAUUCCUAUCUAUGAGCAGUCCAAGUUCAAGUACAUUCUGUACGUUGAAGGUCACUGCGCUGCCAACCGUGUGAUUCUCAAGGUCGAGUCGCGCUGUGUUGCCGACGAGAUGUGGUACUACCCCAUUCUCAAACCAUUUGAAGAUCACGUGCCGAUCAAAGCGGAUCUUUCAGACUUGGAGGAGAAAAUUCGAUGGUGUCCCGUUGUCGCGGAACGUGUGUUGGUGGAGCGAGCGCGCGUUAUUGCAAGCGUUGUCUUGAGAUGA